GGCCAGCCCCGACGCGCCGGGGGUCCCCGAGGCGGGGCCGGCCCGGCCGGGGCGCGACGAUGGAGGAGCCGCAGCGCGCCCGCUCGCACACCGUCACCACCACCGCCAGCUCCUUCGCGGAGAACUUCUCCACCACCAGCAGCAGCUUCGCCUACGACCGCGAGUUCCUCCGCACCCUGCCCGGACUCCUCAUCGUGGCGGAGAUCGUUCUGGGACUGCUGGUAUGGACACUGAUCGCUGGAACUGAGUACUUCCGGGUCCCUGCGUUUGGCUGGGUCAUGUUUGUAGCUGUGUUUUACUGGGUCCUCACUGUCUUCUUCCUCAUCAUCUACAUAACGAUGACCUACACCAGGAUUCCCCAGGUGCCUUGGACCACGGUGGGUCUGUGCUUUAAUGGCAGUGCCUUCGUCUUAUACCUCUCAGCCGCUAUUGUGGAUGCGUCUUCUGUCUCCCCGGAGAGGGACAGUCACAACUUCAACAGCUGGGCAGCCUCGUCGUUCUUCGCCUUCCUGGUCACCAUCUGCUAUGCUGGAAACACAUAUUUCAGUUUUAUAGCUUGGAGAUCCAGGACCAUACAGUGAUUCGCCAUUUUGAGAAUUAAAAGGGAAAAAAAAAAGGAAGAAUCUCACUGUAAAAACAGCUGUAGGUAUAAUGUAUAUUUCCAGAGAAUUGUAUUUAACUAAUGUUUUUAUAUACUUAGUUAAAUUUGCUCACAGUGGUUUGUUAUAAUUAAACUGGAUACUUAUUUGCAAAGUGCUGUAGCUUAUAAUGAAUCUUAAAUAUCUUGUUGAUGUCUUCAUAGACCUUAUUUUCUUAGGCAAUGUAUUAGAAAUAGAUAAAUUGCUAAUAUUAAGAAUGCAUCAAGUUUGUAAACCUAACUUUUAAAAAUGCCAGAUUCUUUUUUCAUUAAAUGUUUCGCAAUCCAGGGUAAUGUGGCGUCUGACUCAGGAAAGGAGACUUAUUGCUGAAGCCUGAAGCUGGGGGCUGUGCGGAAUUCUUCAUCCUCAUGGGGUUGCCUGGAGUGAUAUUGCCAGGAGACACUGUCCACAGCCCCCAGGCCAGCGUGGUCAGAGAGACCCAUCUCCCCAAGUCUGGGGAUCGCUGGCGGCGUGAGUCCCACAUGCCAACAGGUUGGCACAGAAAGCAUCUAAUGAGACACUAGCCUUAGAACUUAGUAAUGAGCUCGCCUUAAGUGGUGCUCUGCGCACAGUGGCUGAGGUGCUGGUGGUAUUUUUUUCUAAUACAGAUUAAAAUAAGCUCAUAACCAUUAAAAGGAUAAAUACUUGCAUGUACCUUAAAAACCAUCUUGCUGACCAUAGAGACACAGGUACCAUAUUAGGUGGAACAUAUUGGACCAAAAGGCUCCAAAUCUCCAAGCCCUAAUAUUUUGUAACAUUGUUAUUAGAUAUUAUGAGACCGUGGGAAGAACUGUGUUCCGAAGGCAGAUGUGCACUUAGAGGAAGUGUUUUUAGGCAAGAUGGUUCUUGCUGGAAUGGCAGUGUAUCUUGGGUGAUUUUUCAAACUGAAAAACAAAAAACCACUGAAACGUUAGUAUAGUUGAUGAUAGGGAGAGGGUUCAGCCGUGCACUCUGUGGACGUGGCCCCGUGGCCUCCUCUUUUCUGCUCGUUUGGCAGUGCUGUUUUCUAUCUGUUGUGUGUUGUUUGCGUUGGUUUUCCUGUUCAGCUAAUUCCUUAGCCAACAAGCUCUGUUUCCCCCUAUAAAGGAGAGUUGGGAUUUCUUCAGUGUCUAAUGACACCCACACCAGACCUUUGAAAGGAACAAUG